GGUUAUGUGUGAUUUAUGUCAAAUCUAUCUGAGUGACCCCACAUUGUGCCACGCUGGUGGAAUCAUGCUCUGUGUGAGUAUGGACCCCUGCAGAAGACAAUACUAACUUUACUAGGAACUCAAUAUAAUGUUUGUUUCUUAUUGUUAUAUGAUAUCCUUGGACCCGCCUAGUAGUUAUUGUACCCUUGUUUAUUUUAAGCUGUAUUCUCUAACACAACAAUGGUAAUCAAACGUAAUCUGGAUAUGUUUUUGUUGUACUUGUUUGUUACACACGCAUACAAUUGGGAGGAAUACAAAUGCUCUUUUCCCAUAUGUAGACCUGCUAUAGUUAAACAAAUUAAAUAGCUUUUUAAAAAAAGCCCAUAAACCUUUAUUGUGAUAAAAACAUGCAAGGAAAAAGUUUGAUUGGUGAUAAAAGCAACCACUUAAAGCUCUUUUGUUGAGUGUAGAGCGCUGCUUUGUGGGAGUUUUUAAUGUAACCAUAACUUUAUGGCUUGAUGAAUUGUCCUAGCAAGGGUGUUUAAGAUAUUGCAUCACAGUGAUGCUCCCUCAUUUGUUUUUAUUGCAACAUAAUGUGUUGUAACAUUUCCCACAGAGACGCAUGUUGCAGAGCGGUCCACUCUAGCACUGUGCCACAUGGUUAGCCUUUCUGAGAGACAACAUGCUGCCGUGCCAAUACUAUUCAUGUGUGUUUAUAACUGUUGGUCCAUUAUGUGCUGCACAGUGUCCGUCUGUCUUGUGUAUGUUGGUUUUUCAUCUUCAUGUAUUCUAGUCAAAAUAUUGGAAAACAAUAAUCAGAGCUCUUAAAUUCAGUUUAUUUUUAAAACAACCUGUUUGAUACUCUUACAAUAUAUUUUUCUUGUGAAAUAUAAUGAUGCAGCUUGAUGUCAUACACGUAGAUGCUGAUGAAUGUUUAUUACAGUGAACAACAUGAGUUGAUGCUGUAUUUGUCCAUAUCUCUCAUGAAAUUAAUAACCAACAAUGUCUUGGUAAGUAUGGGUUGUCGUUUUAAAUUUAAUUAUUUUUUGGAUUUUGCGUGUAUAUAUGCCAUUCCUACACAGACCCAUAACAGCUAUGGGUGAUAUUUUUCAGUGAGUUGUCAGAUUUCAGCCUCGUCGAUGCUUGGGCAUUUUUCUUCAUUUACAUUUUUUUGCUCGGCAGGUGUUGAAAAAAAUUGCAUUUAACUUGAAAUGAUGACAACUCCACCCAAAAAUAUAUCCGAGAGACUUCAUUGACUUCUGAUUUAACUGUGUGGGGCUUUUAAAUCAUGUAAAAGUGACACUGAGCAAGCCUUUUACACGUGGGAUGAAGUCAGUAUUCAGCAAACUAAUUGGUCCCCUUUCAUGCCUCUCCUUUGUCAAUGACCCCCGUUUGCUGUGUGAUUGCUUCCGGGCAGCAGCAGCGUUUAAUUGGAAAGGACAGCAGGGUCCCCCCGCACCAUGGCGGGAUGCAAAAACAUAAACAAAAAACAGAGUGUUGAAAAUGGAUUCACAAUGCAUUUGAUGCUAUAUUGUAGUCGAAUGGAUAUCAUCUGGACACAGGGUCAUAUUGUAUUGCCCGUAGCAACCUCAGCAGUGCUGGUGCAUGUUGAUAAACUUACAUCAACGCUCACGGUUCAUGUAGAGGUCACGUUCCCUACAUACUCCAUGGCUGCCAUGGAUCUUUACCAUAGCUGGGCUGUACACUCAAGAGGGUCGUGGUAAAGACUGAUCCAAUAUUGUCAGCUGUCCAUGUCUGCAUUCCUCUGUUAAAUAUCGUAACUUUCUCCAGUAUGGGAUAACUGUUUAACAAUCUCUGGUCACUCAAACUCAGUUGAUAUAGAAACAGCUCAUUUACAUAUGUGUAUAUGUGUGUGUGUCUGUUACUUGUUUGUGUGGGUGUGUUCUGUUUAAUGUUUAAGUAUAUUUGUGAGUGUGUGUGUGUGUGUGUGGGAGAGUCUGUGUUGUGCAGUACAGCUGGCUUCACCCAUACGUCAGUGUGUGCGUCUUGUGUUUCUCUGUUUGUGUCAAACUAAUGUGCAGAGCAGACAGCAGAAAAUAUGAUCAAAGCUUCAUCCAACAGAGAACUGAAUAUAAAUGCCAAGCAUGACUGCAGUUUAGUAACUUCCAGAGCAUGAGUGGAUAAAACAAAUCAUGCAACGGCUGUAUAAUUUCUCUUGAUGAAUAGUUGAAUCUUUCUAGAGCGCUGCGGCCUAACCAGCAGUCCUGCAUGGCAGUAGAGGCACUUAUGUGCUCAGUUUGGAUAAUAAAUACAAUUCUUCUGCUGUUUGUGCAUUCACCAUUCAUCCACCCACUUCUUGUCUAAUUCAAUUUCUUCCUUUCUUUCAUUCUCUAUUCACGGCCUCUUUGGAAAUCACAGGCUUUGACCCUCACUGCUCGAAAGGCAGGCAUCUCGUUCGCUCUGGUGAACCGCUCCACCCUGAAUGAUGUAGACCUGAAACAACAUGUCUUCAAGAAGACUCUCCAGGCCUUGAUCUACCCAAUUUCAUCCACAACACCCCAUAACUUUGAGGUGUGGACGGCGACGGCACCGACCUACUGCCAUGAGUGCGAGGGGCUGCUGUGGGGCAUCGCCCGGCAGGGCAUGCGCUGCUCAGAGUGUGGCGUCAAAUGCCACGAUAAGUGCCAGGACCUGCUUAAUGCAGAUUGUUUACAAAGGGCGGUGGAGAAGAGCUCCAAGCACGGGGCGGAGGACAAGACCCAGAAUAUCAUCAUGGCUAUGAAGGAGCGCAUGAAGAUCCGCGAGAAAAACACUCCUGAAGUGUUCGAGGUGAUCCAGGAGAUGUUCCACGUCUCCAAAGAAGAACUCACCAGCCAUCUGAAGACUGCCAAACAGGCGGUUCUGGAUGGGACCUCCAAGUGGUCGGCCAAAAUCACCAUCACAGUAAUGAGUGCACAGGGCUUACAGGCCAAGGAUAAAACAGGCUCCAGCGACCCUUACGUCACCGUCCAGGUGGGCAAGACCAAACGCAGGACGAAGACCAUCUUCGGAAACCUCAACCCAGUCUGGGAUGAGAAGUUCUUCUUUGAAUGUCACAACGCCACUGACCGCAUCAAGGUGCGAGUGUGGGACGAAGACGAUGACAUCAAAUCUCGGGUGAAGCAGCAUUUCAAGCGCGAGUCAGACGACUUCUUGGGCCAGACCAUCAUCGAGGUCCGCACGCUCAGCGGGGAGAUGGAUGUUUGGUACAAUCUAGAUAAAAGGACUGACAAGUCUGCGGUAUCUGGUGCCAUCAGACUCAAGAUCAGCGUGGAGAUGAAAGGAGAGGAGAACGUGGUUCCUCCUCACGGCCAGUACACCUGUUUACAUGAGAACCUGUUCCACUACCUGACGGAGGUGAAGAGCGGCGGCGUGGUGAAGAUACCACAGGUGAAAGGGGACGAGGCGUGGAAGGUCUACUUUGACGACGUGUCUCAGGAGAUAGUGGAUGAGUUCGCCAUGAGAUACGGAGUGGAGUCCAUCUAUCAGGCUAUGACGCACUUCUCCUGUCUGUCCGCCAAGUACAUGUGUCCCGGUGUGCCAGCAGUGAUGAGCAACCUGCUCGCUAAUAUCAACGCUUACUUCGCCCACACCACCACCACCACCACAACCACUGCCUCCGCAUCGGACCGAUUUGCUGCCUCUAACUUUGGGAGGGAGAAAUUUGUCAAAUUAUUGGACCAGCUGCAUAACUCACUGAGGAUCGACCUCUCCAAAUAUCGGGAUAAUUUCCCUGCAGGAAACCCAGAGCGUCUCCAAGAUCUGAAGUCCACUGUUGAUCUGCUGACCAGCAUCACCUUCUUCAGGAUGAAGGUUCAAGAGCUCCAGAGUCCGCCCAGAGCCAGCAUGGUGGUGAAGGACUGUGUGAAGGCGUGUCUGGACUCUACAUACAAAUACAUUUUUGAUAACUGUCAUGAACUCUACAACCAACUCCUUGACCAGAGCCGGAAGCAGGACAUCCCCCGAGAGGAGCAGGGUCCGUCUAUAAAGAACCUGGACUUCUGGCCAAAACUCAUCACUCUCAUGGUGUCUGUGAUCGAUGAGGACCGGACAGCUUACACCCCAGUCAUUAACCAGUUUCCGCAGGAGCUGAACGCCGGCAAGACCAGCGCCGAGAUCAUGUGGAGCCUCUUCGCCCUGGAUAUGAAGUAUGCAAUGGAAGAGCAUGACAAGCACCGCCUAUGCAAAAGUACUGAAUACAUGAAUCUUCACUUCAAAGUCAAAUGGUUCCAUAACGAGUAUGUUCGUGACCUGCCGGCCUUCAAGGGUGUUCCACCUGAGUAUUCACUGUGGUUUGAGCCGUUUGUCAUUCAGUGGCUUGAUGAGAAUGAGGACGUUGCCAUGGAUUUCCUAAAUGGCGCUCUGGAAAGGGACAAGAAAGAUGGAUUCCAGCAAACAUCGGAGCACGCCCUCUUUUCCUGUUCGGUGGUGGACGUGUUCACGCAGCUAAACCAGAGCUUCGAGAUCAUCAAGAAGCUGGAGUGUCCGAACCCGCAGGCUCUGGCUCACUUCAUGUGCCGAUUUGCGAAGACUAUCAACAAAGUUCUUCUGCAAUAUGCUGCGAUCAUAUCCAAGGACUUUCCUUUGCAUUUAAACAAGGAGAACGUGCCCUGCAUCAUCCUCAACAACAUCCAGCAGCUCCGAGUCCAACUGGAGAAGAUGUUCGAGUCCAUGGGAGGCAAACAGGAGGAGGGGGUUGUGUCCUUCUGUAAGCUGGAUGCAGAGGCCAGUGAUUUGCUGAAGGAGCUGCAGAAUAAACUCAACACGGUGCUGGAUGAGCUCAGCGGAGUGUUUGGCUCCAGUUUCCAAGGUGUGAUAGAGGACUGUGUGAAGCAGAUGAACCAGGAACUGGUUCUGAUGAAAGGGCCGGCCAAAGGGAGCAACGCUGCCAUGGAUGCAGAGACCGUCCUCAGACCUCUUAUGGACCUCCUGGAUAAAAAUUUGAUGUUAUUUGCCAAGAUCUGUGAAAAGACUGUGCUGAAACGAGUCCUCAAAGAGCUUUGGAAAAUCGUACUGAACAUCAUCGAGACAACAAUAGUUCUUCCUCCUCUGAAUGACCAGAGCCAAGGAGCUCAGAUGAUCUUCAAUGCUGCCAAGGACUUGGGACAGCUGUCCAAACUGAAGGAGCAUGUGACCCGAGAGGAAGCCAGAAGUCUGACUCCACGACAGUGUGCAGCCCUGGACCUCGUGCUUCCCACCAUCAAGCAAUACUUCCAUGCUGGAGGAAACGGGCUGAAGAAAACCUUCCUGGAAAAGAGCCCCGAUAUGAGGUCCCUCAAAUAUGCUCUCAGCCUUUACACUCAACCUACAGAUGCCUUGAUCAAGAAAUAUAUAUGCACCCAAACCUCUCAAGGUCAGUCAUCCAACGGAUCCGUGGGGGAGGUGUCGAUGCAAGUGACUCUCAUCUCUCACCCUGGCACUGGAGAGCACAAAGUCAGCGUGAAGGUGGUCGCAGUGAACAACCUCAUCUGGCAGACCAACGCCAUGUUCCGGCCGUUUGUAGAGGUCAACGCCGUGGGACCGCACCUGGCUGACAAGAAGCGCAAAUUCAGCACCAAGACCAAGAAUAACAACUGGUCACCAAAGUACAACGAAACAUUCCAAUAUGUUCUCAGUAACGAACAUGGUCCGGAGGUCUACGAGCUCCACGUCUCAGUGAAGGACUACUGCUUUGCUCGCGACGACCGCAUCAUCGGCAUGACGGUGAUUCAGCUCAAAGAGCUGGCGGACAAUGGCAGCUGCUCCGCAAACUACCCGCUGGUGAAGAGCGUCUCCAUGGACGAAACCGGCCUCACCAUCAUGAGGAUACUCUCUCAAAGGACCACCGACGAGGUGGCCAAAGAGUUUGUGCGUCUCAAGACGGACACACGCUCGGCGGAGGAAGUGUCGUAAUGUGCAGCAAAAACGCAGUAUUAAAAGAGUUGUGUUGUCUUGAGUGGAAGAUGAAUAGAAAAGGGGAGAAGGAGAAAGGGCAGUAGCAACAGAUGUUCUUUCUGAAGAGAAGCUGGAGAAUGUCCAAAGAGAAGCGCAGGAGGCCCACAUGUGGUGAGGCAGCAAGACAGUGACAGAGAGAGAGAGUUGUGUUUGUUUGUUUUUGUGCAUGUGCGUAAAACAUCUGUUGGAAUGUUCAUUUUAAAAACUACAGUAUGUACAAGUGUUUACUUACCGUAUGCUUACUAUUAAGUACUAUAUUCUACGAGUUAUGUUAACGAGACAUGAAAUACCUUUUGUACAACAUUUAGUCUUUUUGAACAGAAAUUUGUUCCAAUAAAGUGCCAAACCAGUGAAAAAAAGAACAAAACCAACGUAUAUGAAUUAUGGUGAACUUAGUAUGUUUGAAAUUUGCUCGAUUAUUUUGUCCGGUGUAAGUCGUUUUCUGACAGUGUGGCGUUUUGAUUGUUGCAGAGUCUUUUCAUUUUGCACCCUCGUUUUUUGGCUUCACGUUCUUCCUCACAGCACUGUUGUGCAUGUCCUCUUCUCGGUCAUGUCUCUCCCAUGAUUCCAGUGACCACCGAGCAGGGUCCUGUCCCCUUGCCUUCAAACUGUUUGUAUUUUAUGUCGACCUGAAAAUAGACCAUGUUUUUUUAAAUGGCGAUGACUGCUAUGUAAACCUUCAUAGGUGUUUGUAAUUUUAUAACCAUGACAACAAUGACGACAGCCUCCAGUGCUAACAGUCUUAGCAGAAAGGAUGGAAAUGUUUUCCUUUUUUUUUUCUUCGGGCUUUUGUUCCUUGUUUUUGGCCAUCAGCUUCCAGCCUUUCUGAAUGACCACUGUGAACAUGAGCUUUGGAAGGCAAGCUUACUGUAUAUGACAUUACUGACAGUUUGAUAUUAUUGUUUCAUAUUUUUCCGAUAACUUUGUUCCUGAUAAACUGCCAAAGUUAUAUAAAAUAUUUGUACAAAAGCAAUCCAUUACAUGUAUGAUAUAUGAUGAAAUAUGUACAUGUGAUCUAUUACUUUUUCAAUGCUUGAUAUAAUGAUUAUUGAUAGGGUGGUAAUAAGAUUUUAUUUUUUUUAUUUCCUGUGAAGCUGUUAACCAAUAUGAAAGUUGCACAUGUUACUUUACAAAUUAGUUAUAUCAGCUUCUGUCAUUGGAAUUUAUUUUCUUCAUAAAGGAAAGAGUAACAUUUGGUAAAUAUGCAACAUUCCUAUGUAUUGCACUGAUGGCGAAUUGUAUGUCAUGUAAAUAUAUUUAGUGAGAUAUUGUACAAAAGUCUACUUUUCUUCAAUGUGCAUAAAGUAUGUGCAAAUGUG